UGAGGAUGAGGGGCGGGUGUUAUUGUGCAUUUAAAAGAGUAGUAGUGUGUGUGUUGCUUAUUUGACAGAAGAACCACAAUGAGAUCGGACCCGACACACAAACAUGGCGGCUUCAAAUGGAAUUUCUCCUCUGAUGCCACAGGGAAGUCGGCAGGAGGCCAGAAGCUGAGGCUAAAAUUCCCCAAAUUAUGGAAAACUGGCAAAACGGACCAAGUUGUCCAGAUCGCCGCCAGCGCUCCCGAUGGACACCCUGCACUUGAAGUGGUCCCGCCCCUAGCAGUGCCGCUGACCUUUGAGCAACACCUUGAAGAACGCCACCUGAGCGAGGCGGGACAGCUGCUGCUCUCCAGAGAGAAUUGUCUUUUUGUGGGGGUCCAGCAUCAAGACGAGGACGCCCUCCAACGCUGGAAAAAGGACUUGGACACUCUGGUGGCAGACCGCAAAGCCCUGGAGGACGCCGUGAAGAAGACGCUGAGAGGCUCCCUCGGCCCGGAUCAAGCUGACACGGCAGCCCUGAAGUCGGCCGUGGUCUUCAUGCGACAGGAAGACGACCAAGACCGGCUGUGGGAGCAGAGAGGCGGGACGCCGCCUCCCUGGAGGCUCAGCAAUUGGUGGGAAGUGCAUGAGAAAACGCUGCGCGCCCUAGUGGAGGAGCGUAUGGACGCACUGACCACUCCCCCCGCCGGCCUGCAGGGGCAGUCGUCCAUUCAGCUGGACGUGAAUGGGAUGGGAAGGCAGCUGAGGCAGGACCUCCGGUUGGUGGUGCAGCAGGUGAAGAAGUGUUACCCUCAGAGUGUCAACAUCUGCCAGCUGUACGCCGACCUCUACCACCAGACCUUCAGCACCAGGCUCAGGAAGCUGGCCGACUUUGGUCUGGACGACCAGGACAGCACCUUUCUGCUACGCUGGGUGAACGAGUACUACCCGCAACUACUUCAAGGACUUCACCUGGAUGGUGACAUCCGCACUGAUGUUCUUCAAGAACUUCUGCCUGAAGAUUUGCUGUCACCUUUGAAGGAACAAUACCUGAGCAGACAAGAGAGGGAGCUGACCACGUAUAUCGGGCGCGUCCUGGACGAGGCCCAGGAGGUGUGGACAAAAGGGGAGGAUCCGCCGAGCGAGGACGGCUGCUUCGUCAGUCCCAUGGCCUAUGACGUCAUCCAGCUGGUCAACGGCAUCGUGACUGCAGCACAGAAGGUCGUGGGCGACCUGCAGAAGGCGCAGAGUCUAACCUGCCCGCUGCAAAAUUUGCUGCAUAGGUUCAGGACUUUCCAGGCGGAGAUCAUCAAGCGUAACAAAGCAAACAGCGUGACCUUUGUCAAGGCCAACCUGGGCUGCGUGGCUCAGUUCAGGGACUUCCUGGUGACGAAAAGCCGCCUGUUCCCAGGGGAAGUUCAGGAACGUUGUCUGAGUGUUCUGGCUGACAUGACGCGAAGUGCACACGAGUACCUGCUGAGCUCUGUGCACAAGAACCUCAAGCCUCACUACCGUAAACUUGGAACCUACGUUUGGUUGACAAAGUCGCCCUUUGACGACCUGCAAGUCCGCCUGGAGGAGGAGAUGACGCUUCUUCGGGGAACAUCUGAGUCGGGUCACCGGGAGCUGAUCGGUCAACUUCACCGGGAAGUGGCGAAAGAUUACGUGCGCCGACUCCUGAAAGGCGAUCUGAAACUAAAGGACAAAGAGCAGCAGCAUCGAGCAGGCACGAAGAUGAAAGAGAAUGCAGGGAGUUUGCACUACUUGUUCACCAAACAUGGCUCGAAGGAGGCGUGGCUUAAGGAGGUCCUCAGCAUGAUCGCGGGAGUGCUGGAACUCCAGGAUCUCCCUGCCAUCCAGGUGCAGGUGGCGUCACUGGGAACCACCUUCCCUGACCUCAGUGAAAAACAUGUGAUGGCUCUGCUUAAGCUAAAGAACAAUCUCUCCAAGGAAGACAGGAACAACAUCAUGGCAGUUCUAGAGGAGAUUCCCAAGGAUUCCGGUGAAUUUCGGGCUUUUUUUUCCCAAGUGGUAGUGAAAUGGUGAUCCCAUAAGAAAGCUAGAAAACCAAUGUGGUUGUCAUUCGGUGCAUGUACUGGGUUUUUGUAUGUGUUGAAGAUGUACGUUUUCUGUAUAUGGUCAAUAAAGGGAAGUACAGCGGAACCUCGUCUUGUGUAGGUCACGUCUUCCAAAAUGUCAGAUCAAACCAGAAGCGAUUUUGACCCAAAAAUAAAUUUUUAAGAGAAGAUUUUACUUUUACACACAUUAUACAGGACAGCUAGAUUAUUGUUGAUGUGGACUUGCUGCACAUCUUGGUAAGUUUGAAUUGAAUAUUCAUCAAAGUGUUGGCACUCGUGACUUUCUUUGGCCCCGUGGUGGGUUAUUUAUACUGCUUUAUACUUAUUUAUACUAACAUUUAAAAAAAAGGUAAACUUGAGCAUAAUUACUGAAGAAUCACUGUAACUGUCCCUCAGUCAGUGUAUGCUGUCAGUUUUAGGUUCCUAUCUAUUUUCGUUUUUGGUUCCUACCUAAGUGCAUAUAAGUUCAUGGGACGGACCUAAUUGCCUGCAAAAUCGUCGUUUCCGCACAUACAUGUAAAAUCGUUACAUACAUAGAAAAUAAGCUCCGUUGUUUGCUACACUAUUUAGAGCUAAAAAGCUAAAAAGGUGCUAAAUCAUCUCUCAUAAUAAUAAUAAUCUCUAAUAAUCAUGUCUAUAAUUCCAUCCUAAAGCAUAUGUGCAGCUUUUAAGGUGCAGUAUAUGUGUUUUGUAUUAUUUUCGUUUCAGUCUCUUAGUGUCUUAGUUGGUUAGCUGUGCCAGCUAAGGCUAAUCAUGAGUGUACAUGUGAUGGUUGUUUGUUUAUGGAAAUGUAUGUAAUGUGGCAAGUUUAUUUGAAAAGGGUUUAAUGAUAAGAAAACGAAUUUGUAGACAUAAUGUUAUUGUAUAUUUGUGUAUUAUGUGACCAGUAAUUUAUUGUAUUUUAUAUCUGUUUGAACCCCUUUUAUU